GAAGAAAUAUGGCGCUAUCCACAUGUCACUCGUUUGUGAAAUCCAUCAUGAUGAUCAUUAUAACAAUUUGGAACUGACAACUUCUUGAAAAGCAGUACACACUGCAGCACAUAUAAUAGAUAUGAACUCAUCAAUGAAGGUCGCAGAUAUUAUAGAAGCAUACAACACUGGCACAAGAAAAGAAUAUGACAUAUUUUUAAGCAAGUUGGCAUACUCGCAGAUAGAGUCAUCGAAGCUUGUGUUGUACCUGAGAGAGCUGAGAGAAUGCAUUUCUCUCCUUGACAAGGAUCAUGAAAUCCUGGUCGGGUUACUCCUGAAAGUGGACUGGCCGGACCGCGAGACAAAGGUUGUUAAGGAGUACCAGUUAUUCUUCCUCAACCUGAUGUCAGCGCACACCUCGUACCUCCAGGCCGGGCUCAAGAUGAUUGUCAAACACUUCUGGGCUAAGUGCGACAAAAAGCACAAACCAGAUAAAGAGUCUCGGAUGAAAGACAGUCUGCGUUUUGGCAACGUUCACAAAAUCCUCAGUGCCGUCGUUAAGAUAGUACCCAUGACCCCCACUCUACUGAUUCCUCUGCUUGUAAAGAAUUUCCCGUUCAUUAUGCUGCACACAUACUGUCAGGAGUGUUACGUGAGAAACCUGCUCGAGAUCACCAAGUACAUACCACAGGAGAGGAAGUCGAUUCUCGAUAUCAUCGUCGACAGAAUGAUCAACAUUGACGUACAUGCAUCCCGGGAAGACAUCAAUGCGGCAGAGGGGAAUGAAGAGGAGGAGAUGGAAGAAGAUUCGGCUAUUUUUGACAUGGAUGACAGUGGGCUGUGUGAGGAUGGAGAAUGUUCACCUAAGAUGUCUCACGAAAUGGCCAACAAGCUGGAUGUCUUAAUGAAUAUUGUACUGGGCUACAUUCAGUCGGAGUGCUGCCCAACAGGUCAGUUAGCGUGGGAAGCAACCAAAAAGCUGUACAAGGAGUUUCUCUAUGUGUUUGAUCGAACGAUUCUCCCCACUACCUUGAACCAUGUACAGUUUAUCAUGUUCUAUUUAUGUAGCUUCAAGCAGCCCAUAUGUGAAGGUUUUAUAGAUUAUUUGUGGAAGAAGUUUCAAGAUCCGAACACACAGACGAUUUUCCGACAGAGUGCUGUUGGCUACAUCGGGAGUCUUCUGUCGAGAGCUACAUUUAUUUCUGUCAGUACCCUGAAGGUUGUUAUAAACCUGAUGGUCACAUGGAUUCACGGCUAUCUGGACCAGGCGAGUGCGGACGCUGUACAGGCCGACAUCACACGACACAGGCCGUUCUACUCGGCCUGUCAGGCCGUUUUCUAUGUGUUCUGCUUCAGACAGAAGGAAAUCUUUGAAAUGAAGAAAGGUUACAAGUGGGCGGAAUCUUUGAAUUUCCAGAGAAUUGUAACAAGUCGCUUGAACCCACUUCGAGUUUGUUUACCUAUUGUUGUUAAAACGUUUGCAUCUUUGACAAGAAUGCAUCAGAUAGCAUUUUGUGACACUAUAAUUCAAAAGAAUGAACGGUGUAUGUUACCGAUGUUAGCGCCUUCAACCUCAUAUUCUGAUUCAACAGAAGUCUCCAAUCUUCUCGACUUCUUUUUUCCAUUUGAUCCAUAUCUACUGGUUAGAUCGAGAUCAUACAUUGCUCCAUUUUACCGAGAAUACAGCGGAUCCCUUCAGCUUGAUGAAGAGAAAGCUGAUACAGAGGAAGAAGAUGAUUUUCUUCCGAAAGAAACGGUUCCAGAUGUGCCCAUUCCAGAUUUCACCAGUGGAAAAUCAACAACCGACUUUAUGCAAUACGGCGUAUCACCGGGCUUCAAGAAUCUCUGAACAUAUUUUAAACCAGGAUACACUUUGGUCAAACAAAUUGUAUCAAAAGACAGAAAUGUUUUCAUGUGAAAAUCAGAAACCUUAUGUUCCGAUUUUAUACAUGACCAUUACUGAAAUUUGAGUUUCUUACAUGGCACCAUGUUUUAGAAGCAGGCAGCUCACUGUGAUCAUCUAGCAUGUUGGUAACUGCAGCAAUUCCUGUGAUGUGUUCAGGAGCAAGCACUCUAAUCAAACACUCUACAUAUGGAACAUUCUGCUCAGUAUUGCCCUACAAUUCACUACGCAGGUUUGGAGAUCUCGACAAUUCUAAAAUAAUAGUUGAUAAUCAAGUUUCAAAUUAAGUAACUAAUCAAAUUUUAAAAGAAAAAUCCCCCCAAAAUCCAGAAGAUAAUCCUUGAUAAAUUAUUGCAAGUGCUUGCCUAUUGAACCUGCUACUGUUGUCUCAUAAGAUUCCCGGUGUAAGAAUUAAUCAUAAAAGUGUAAUUGCGUUACAGAGCAAGGGUCAUUCAUCAGUUAAUAUUACAUAUGCUUAUAUUCAAUCAUUGUUCAAGCAUGCUGUCAUGGGAACAAGACAGAGGUUUGUGGUUACUGCGAGAGAGACGUUGGAGUGGUGGACUUGCACCUGUCAUUUGAGGAGAUAAAAACGUACUCUGGAUUGGAGUUACAUUAGAUAUAUAUGCUUGAUAUCUACUGUGUGAGAAUCACUGAUAAACCACUGUACUAUACAACAGACAUUAGCUGUAUAGUGCCCACUUGUCUUACAGAGGGUCAAAUGAUGAAAGCACACCAAUACUAUUGCCAGCAAAUGUUAAAGUGUGAAGAGAAAUAGCAAGUGUUGCCCUAUUUCACAGCAUGCUACAAAUUAUGUAAUUGCUAAUUAUAAUCCCAGAAUCGAGUAAAUGAAUGUCCAUAAGAAUUCAUUGUGAGUUCCUAUGUAAUGUGACUGUUGUCGGUGUUCCCUUGGGAAGGGCACCAUUACUGGUAUAUAAAAAGCAGCAGCAUGUGCUGUCCUACUUGUGGGAAGGAGCAUAUUAAACCCUUGAUGCUAUUUCGAGUAAGAUGCAUGACAAUACCAAGUUUCCUCUCAUUAAUAGCAUUAAAUUAAAUUUAGCCUCAUGUCAAACAUACUUUCCUUGCCUUUCUUUAUCAAAAUGAUGGGUUUUUCUUAAAUUAUCUGGGCUGUAGUCACUUAUUAUUUUGACUGAAUACGGAUUGACUGCGGACAACUGUACUUUGUAAAUACAAAUUGAAACAGACAUGUCAGAUUCCCUCAUUUGCCAUUUGUAUCCUGUUCUUGACAAGAAUGAAAGUUGAAACAAAUUUUUCUAUGUUUUAACAAUGGAGUAUGUAUUUCUAAAAUGUAUUAUUGUUUUUACAUUUUUACAAAAAAAAAUUAAAUUCCGUUUCUAAUCUUGGUUUAAUUUUUAAAAAAUUGUUUUUACUAGUCCUUCCCACAGGGAACACCUUUUUUAUACUGUUAUUUAUAGUUAUUUAUUUCUGAGCAGAUUGUUUUCUAAAUUGCACACAAAAAUAGUAUUUUUGUAUUUUUAAAACAUUUUUCUAGGAGAAUGGGGCACACUAUAGUUAUCUUUAAAUAGUAGUUGUUCAGCAGAAUAAAUUGUACAUCUGUGUUGUCCUUUCCGAAAACUGUCCAUCAGCCUUUGCUUCGAAGUGUUUGUCAAGUGGUCAUCAGUGUCCAGUAUUUGUAAAUCAAAAUGUAAUAAUAUAAUUUGUACAAUACUUGCUUACUUGGCAAACUCCAGUUAAUUGUAUAUAACUCUGAAAAAGGAUUUUGUAAAUAUGUAUUGUAAUAAUAAAUGAUGAACCUACA